AUGGCCGCGCCGGGGGCGGAGACGGAGGUGCCAAGGUGGUAGGCCAGUGGGUCCUCGCUCGGCCUUUCUUUCAGGCCCUGCGGGUUUCACGGAAGUAACGCGCGUCUGUAGACAACAAAUGAACAUAGCCUUUUCUCGCCGUGGACACGAGGACGUUCAGAUAGAGCCUGUGCUCUAGAGGCAAUCCCAGCAUUUCGCCGCGCGACCCCGGAAGGGCUGCACAGUAAGGGGGGCCUCAGCGCUCUGACAGAGGCGCGAGGCCAGACGAGCAGAUCCCCUCUGUUCGGACGGGUGAGACACGCCCUCCAUGCCUGCGGGCGCGGGGAGGCGUGGCCUCCUUCUAGGCCGCCACCUCUGCUGGCUGCUCUGCGCUUUCUCGCUCAAACUCUGCCAAGCAGAGGCUUCAGAGCCAGAGGAGAAACUGUCAGUAAACACCUCGAAUUUGCCGUGCUGGCUGGUGGAAGAGUUUGUGGUGGCAGAAGAGUGUGCUCCAUGUUCUAAUUUCCGGACUAAAACCACCCCUGAGUGUGGUUCCACAGGGUAUGUAGAGAAAAUCACAUGCAGCUCAUCUAAGAGGAAUGAGUUCAAAAGUUGCCGCUCAGCUCUGAUGGAGCAACACUUAUUCUGGAAGUUUGAAGGGGCUGUCGUGGGUGUGGCCUUGGUCUUUGCUUGUCUUGUCAUCAUUCGUCAGCGACAGUUGGACAGGAAGGCCCUCGAAAAGGUCCGGAAGCAAAUCGAGUCCAUAUAGCUACAUUCUACCCUUUCGUCUUGGAUCUCAGAGACCCUGUCUCUGACAGAGAAAGUGAGACGGACUGAUUUGCACCCUUGGUUUGGAGCCUUGUGGUGGUGUCCCCUUCUCCUAUAUUCCUCUUUCAGAUCAUUAAUGAGUGAAUAAAAAGAGUAAAAUAGUU